AGGGGUCUGGGGAGGGGUGCCGUGCAGGUAGGAGUCCAGGGCACUGGGUAACCUCAUCUACCUUCUUCCCCAUUGGCUUCUCCCUUUCUUUACCAACCUGUCGCUCACACCUGGUCCAUGUCACAGCUUCCGGUCACUGAGGUCUCUGUGCAGGAGGCCAGCCCCGCCCUUCCGGUUUGGCCUUCACCCACACCUGCUCCCCAAGCCUGCUUGCCCUUUGUGGUCAGGGCAGUGGAGGAGGAGGGAGGGGAAGAGGCUACCCGGGGGCAGGCUUUCCAAGAAUCAAAACUCUUUUCAAGAAAGGCAAAGCCAGGGUCUGGCCCGGUGGCAUAGUGGUUAAGUGCCCGCGCUCUGCUUCAGCAGCCUGGGGUUCGCAGGUUCGGAUCCCGGGCGCGCACCAGCGAUCCGCUUGUCGGGCCAUGCUGUGGCAGCGUCCCAUAUAAAGUGGAGGAAGAUGGGCACAGAUGUUAGCCCAGGGCCAGUCUUCCUCAGCAAAAAGAGGAGGAUUGGUAACAGAUGUUAGCUCAGGGCUAAUCUCCCUCACACACAGAAAAAGAAAUGCAGAGCCAGGUGUGUAGUUAGUUGGACAGGGAUCCCCUGGCCGCUGGGGUAGAAUUUGGGGGGUGACAGGGCGGGUGCCGCCAGGUGUUCUAAUGGCACCUCUAAUUGCAAGGAUGGAAACAUCCUGACCGCAGGGCGAGCCACAGCGCCCAGCUGUCGAGUCAGGUGGGUUAGCCCUUCCCCAAUAGUGCUGCCACCAAGGACCCCGGAAAAACCCAGAAGGCGAAGGCCAGCUGCUGCCCCGGAAGGGGACCCAGGUCUUGCCAAGAAGGGCCCUGCUUUGCAUCCCCCUCGGGGUUCUUGGGGGCAGACAUUUGCUGGCGGCAGACUGGGCAGCUGCCCACAGGCUCUCACCAGCCCCGCGGCCCUGUCCUCUCACCCCCGGAGGAGCAGCUGGCUGAGGCUUGUGGGACCCUGUCCGCAGAGCAGAGGCCAUUCAGAGAGUUCCUCCUUGAGCCUCACGAGAUCCUGCUGAGGGGUGUUAACCUCAGAUGGGGAAACAGAGGCCCAAGAGGAGCCGCCUUACCCUGCUCCAGGUCAUGUGGGCAGACAUCCGUCCCAGGAGUGGGCAAAUCCACUCACUCACUCAUUUGCCUGGUCACUCAUUCCUUCAAGGGCCAUUUCCUGAGAACCUACUGUGUGCCCUGCACUGUGCUAGACAUCAUAGGUACUACCGUGAGUCAGGCAGUCACAGCAGGGAAUCCUGGGGGACAUUCUGCAGGGGACCCACACACAAACAGCACCCCACCCACUCAGGGCAUCCGGGACAGCUUCCCAAAGGAGAUGGCAUCUGAGCGAGACCUGGAAGUUAAGUAGACGCUGGACAGGUGGAGAGGGGGGAAGAGUGUUCCUGACAUAGGGAACAGCAUGUGCAAAGGCCCAGUGGUGAGUGGGGCUGGAAGGAGCGCAGACGGGUUGGCACUUGGAGGGAAGUUGAAGGUGGGUGAAGACGAAGCGGGGUGGUCGGCAGAGCCAGUUCUGGCUGCCGAGUGGAGAGUGGACCGCAGGGAACCCGACUAGAGUUGGUGGAAUUGCUGUCACCUGAGGUGGUGACGAGGAACAGGGAAGAGGAGGUGGAGAAGAGGAGACGAGGGACUCAGGAGAGCCAGGAACAGGAUUUCCAGGACUCCGUGUUUGGGCAUCAGGGAGAAAGAGCCGUUUCUGAAUGUCUCUUGGGUCUCUGGCUGGAUGAAUAGCGACACCACUGACAUGGAUGAUGAGCCCCAGAGGAGGGGCAGCUUCCCUGGGGGGCUCAGAGCCCAGCAGGCCUGCCUCUCCCUCCCCCGCCCCCCCCCACUCUCCCGCCUCACUCUCCCCCGUCCUGCCGCCCUCCACUCCCCUCUGCUCUGAGGACCUCUCAGAGCUGAGCCUGAGAGCUGAGAGUUCCCACCUGCCCUCGAGCACUCACAACAGGGGGAGCACACUCGGAAGGCCUAGGCACCUCCUCUGGCCACCAGGCUGUCCAGCCAAGGUCACCUCUGACCAGCCCAAGUGCCCCUCACUGAACAGAGGUGGAUGUCUGCUCGGGUCUCUGCCCUGGACCCCUCUCGGGGGGUCUCCCUCGCCCCCCCAGCCCAGAAUCGAUUGUGGGGGGACUCGGUUCUCUUUCUGCCCCUCUUGUCGCCCAGACCUGGAGCAGAAGAUCCUGCAGGUGCUGAGGGGUGCUGGCUCCCCGGUGAAGGCUGCCCAGCUGGCCAAGGACUGCCAAGUGCCCAAGAAGAGACUCAACCAAGUCCUCUACCGGAUGAAGGAGGAGGCGAAAGUCCACCUCGAGGGCCCCGCGACAUGGCGCCUGGGCGAGGGUCAGACUGGAGAAGUGGUUCCCACAGAGCGGGCCCAGCCCUGCCAGGCGAGGCCCCAGCAAGAAGUGGCUGCAAUUCCGGAGACACCUUGCCCUCAGCUCAGCAAACGGCAGAUGGAGAUCUACAGGUUUCUGGAAGCCAGUGGGCCCCAUAAGGCCCUGAGCAUCGCGCAGGCCCUGGGAAUGAGGACAACGAAAGACGUCAACCGCGACUUGUACACUCUGAGGGACAGACACCUCCUGAACUACGACCAGAAGACAAGCGCCUGGGCGGUUUACCAACCAGAGAAUUCUGGAGGAAGAAAUCAGUCCGCCACAGUUAUUUACCAGCAAAACCCCAUCACCAUGAUCUGUCAGAACGGCCCAUACAGCCACAUAUCCAUCGAGAACAGUGAAGGCAUCCAGAUCGGACAUGGGAACACCAUAGUGAGACAGACGGGCUCUGCGGAGAACGGCUCGGCGGCUCCCCUCCACCUCCCACCAACGACGCCAGCUGAUGCCUCCACUCAGGGUCCCCUGGCUGGAGCCUGCAGCCCCCAGGACAUCCGCAUAGAGAAGUCUGUGCUCAGACGGGUGCAGCUGGGACAUGGCAACGAGAUGAGCUUUCACAGCCCCCCGGCGGAGGGGCCUGCCCACAGUCCCUCUGGCAGCCCCCCAGUCUCUGCCACCUCUGCCAGCCCAGAAGCUGUGUUCGAAAUUCGAACGCCCGAACCAGGACCUCACCCCCAGGGGGACAUGGUCCAGAGAGUCCAGAUCACUUCAUGCUUCCUUGAGGACACCGCCAUCGGCAACAGCAACAGAAUGACUGCCAGUCCAGGGCCAGCGGGUCCAGAAGGACCCGCAGGGCCUGGGGACACCAGGAGGGACCAUGGGGAGCCCGGACAGGAUGCAGCUGCUGCACCAUCCGGGGGCGAGCGCCCCCACAGCGCGGGUCAGGCGGCCCGCGACAGCAUUUCCACGCUCGCCGCCUCCCUAGAAGCUGUGAGUCUUGAGAGCAGGGGUCCCGAAACCGAAGAAGACGGCUGCUGAGUGGACGGAGCCUCAGGGCGGGGUCCGGGGGCAGUGGGCUCAAAACCAACGGCCCGCGGGCCGACUCGCGCAGAGAGAGGCCGGGUGGCAUCGCCUGCGAGCUGGGCACCGUGUUUUCCAUAAACGGCGUUGUCGACCUUCUCGACUCCUGACACGUGGCCAGCGUGCGUUGGCAUUGGGGCGGGCCUGGCAUGGGGCCGGGCAAAGGCGGGGUCUGCUGGUGGCCAGGGCAGCCUGACAGGGGUCGGUUGGGGACUCUCGGGGUGCCGAGAGGAGGGGCUCAGCGGGAGUGGGGCUCAGCCAGCCAGCAGAGCCCGGGCGGCUCCCCCCAUCCCUCCUGGGCCCGCCUUCCACCACGGUCCACUCUCUCCUCCUCACUCAGGGCCUGACUUCCUCAAGGCCCAUGGUGCUGCCUGACCUCUUUACCCCCUGACUUUUCUAGAACCUUCCCCACUUUGGCCCUGAUCUCUCAGGAUUUCUUAGCUGAACUUCCAGAGAACCAACCCCUCCCCUCCAGGCCCCAGCGUAAGUCAUUAACCAGCCUGUGGUCAGGUGACCUCAGCUUGUGGGGGUCUGAGUUCCCUUAGAAGGGUUGUGGGCGCUGCACCA